CUUCACUUCACAACCAUGAAUUAUGCAAAUUUAGUUGUGGGUUCCACCCUUACACCCCUUUCUUUCAUUUCUUGUGUAAUUUGUCAUCAACCAGCCUGCUGUGCAGAUUUUCACUUCAAGUUUCAAAAAGCUUUAGCUUUCUUUCAUGCUGUUUGUUCAUCAUCUUCUGUCUUCAUUCCAAAUGAGGUAAGAAUUACUUAUAAACCAACCUAUUUCCAUUGCUCAGUCCAAAGCCCUAGUCACCACAAUCUUAUCUUGCUUCAGACAUUGCUUCUUUCUUGAUUCAUCACUAGUUUUGGGGGAUUUUAAGGUUGUGAAUGUCCAAGAAAAUGAGUUUCUUGAAGUGGGUUGCUUGAAAUCUUUAACCUUUAACUUCAAGAAAUUUGGGGAUUGGUAGGUUAUGAUGUCCAAGAAUAUGUGUUUCUUGAAGUGGGUAUCUUUAGUUCUUGCAUUUACUAUAUGUAUCUAUAUCCAUCCAUCAUCAUCUCAUUCAUUCAGUCCUAUUGAUAGCUACUUACUUGCUUGUGGUUCUACCCAAAAUGUCACGUAUCUUGGUCAAACCUAUGUUCCGGAUUCCUCCCAAUCAUCAAUGGUUUCUUUAACCAACCAAGAAGCUUCAAAUGUAGUCGAUUCCAAUUCCACUGUCCCGUUACCUGUUCACCGAUCGGCACGAGUGUUCACCGCAACAACCUCGUACAAGUUCAAAAUCAAGAAACAGGGCCGCCAUUGGAUCCGCCUCUACUUUUACCCCAUCCCGGGCCACAACCUUACAUCGGCUUCUUCGUUAACUGUAGUAACCGAAAACUUUGUCCUCUUAAGCAACUACACCUUUAAAUCCUACAAUGGUUCGAACCACCUGUUUAAAGAAUACUCGAUAAAUGUUACUUCGGGUUCGUUGCUUUUGAAUUUUAUCCCUUCAAACAACUCGGUUGCAUUCGUCAAUGCGAUUGAAGUCGUAUCUGUACCCGACUAUUUGAUCCCGAAUGAAGCCACAUCUGUAUUCCCGAUUACCACAAUUAACGGGCUUUCGAAUCAAGCAUUCGAAACUAUGUACCGUUUGAAUAUGGGCGGCCCGAGACUCACCCCGCAAAACGAUACAUUGGGAAGAACUUGGGAAAAUGAUAAAAAGUAUCUUCAUGUGAACGGGUCAGCUGCAAGUGUCUCGGUCAUCCCGUCAAUUAUAAAGUAUACCGAAAGUGUCACACCCGAAAUUGCACCGAAUUGGGUGUACGCAACUGCUCAAACAAUGGGAGAUGCUAAUGUUGCUAAUUUGGACUUCAAUAUCACUUGGGUUCUUCCGGUUGAUCCCGAUUUCACUUACUUUGUUCGUGCGCAUUUUUGCGAUAUCGUGAGCACGUCUCUAAAUUCCGAGAAUGCGUAUCCCGAUCUUGAUUUAUCGACGUUAACCGGUAACCUCAAUGUGCCUGUUUACAAAGAUUUUGUCUGCAAUUCAUCCAAUUAUUUAAGCACUUUGACUGUAAGAAUCGGUCCGGAUAGUGUUGCGGAUUAUCAAAACGCGGUUUUGAACGGUCUCGAAAUCUUGAAAAUUAGCAACGAGGCUCGAAGCUUAGACGGGCUUACUUCCGUGGAGAAUUUUAUUUUGUUUCCGUCGAAGAAAACUACAAAACCCGCUUUGGUUAUCGGAUGUGUUUUAGCCGGUUUGGUUGCGAUAGUCGGUUUACUUUUGUGUUAUUGUUUCUUGGUGCCGAAAAGAUCGAAAACCGGUAAUCAAAAACCGUCAUGGUUACCACUUCCGUUACAUGGAAACUCACUCACUAUGACGAAAGUCUCAACCGUUUCUCAAAAAAGCGGAACCGCAAGCUGCAUCUCGUUAGUGUCGUGUAACCUUGGUAGAACCUUUACAUUUCAAGAAAUCAUGGAAGCAACGAACCGAUUUGAUGAGAAUCUGCUUCUUGGAGUUGGCGGUUUCGGGCGGGUGUAUAAAGGAACAAGGGAAGACGGGACCCACGUAGCGGUGAAACGAGGAAACCCGAGAUCCGAACAAGGGCUUGCGGAGUUCAGGACCGAGAUCGAAAUGCUAUCGAAGCUUCGGCACCGGCAUUUGGUGUCACUUAUCGGGUAUUGUGAUGAACGGUCGGAAAUGAUUCUUGUUUAUGAGUACAUGGCUAACGGACCGUUACGAAGUCAUCUUUACGGAACCGAUCUACCGCCGUUAUCGUGGAAGCAACGGCUCGAGAUCUGUAUCGGUGCGGCUAGAGGUCUACAUUAUAUUCACACGGGUGCAACGCAGAAGACAAUCCACCGCGAUGUCAAAACAACCAACAUAUUAUUAGAUGAAAACUUCGUAGCAAAAGUCGCGGACUUCGGGCUCUCGAAAGCGGGCCCGGCUCUCGACCAAACCCAUGUCAGCACCGCUGUGAAGGGUAGUUUCGGGUAUCUCGAAACUAGUGAAUGCAGUAUUGGUGCUACUCGUUGACCACUAAUGAAACUAAUGGAUUGCGGUAUUGGUGCUCCUCCUUGGCCACGAUGGUGGUGUUUGUGGUUUUGGUGCCCGAUACACCACCAUGGUGAAAACGCUAGUAGUGAAGUCAUGAAUGUUUUAACCUCUUCACUCCUUGAAUUUAGGUCAAACAAUGCAAAUAGGAUCACCAAAUUGGUUUGCAACCACUAUAUAAAAAAGAACCCAUGCUUAAAUCUUAA